GGCCGGAUAUAUGAAUUGGAGACGAUGGAAGAAGGUGUAAUGGGCUUCUGAUUGAAGCGAUUUGGUACGAGUAAAUUCAUAUCACUUUCAAAAAUGUUCCAGCUCCAGUCGGAUCUUCGAUCUGCGAUUCAAAUUGCUGCUACCUUCUGUUAUAUCAACCCCAAUCGCUACGAAUCGCCCUCCGCCAGACCAAUCUCCGUCCGUACGCCCAACCGCCUGAGACCACUCCAUGCGGCGGCCGUCGAAAGACUCGCUGAAAAGCCUCCGAUCUGUACUGCUGAUGAACUCCAUUACGUUUCAGUUCAUAAUUCCGAUUGGCGACUAGCUCUCUGGCGUUACAAGCCUCCUCCGCAGGCACCUCCAAGGAAUCAUCCGUUACUGCUUUUGAGUGGAGUUGGAACAAAUGCAAUUGGAUAUGAUCUUGCUCCGGGGUCUUCGUUUGCACGUCACAUGUCCAGCCAGGGAUUUGAUACAUGGAUCCUUGAAUUUCGAGGAGCUGGGUUGAGUGCCAAGGUGGCCUCCAAGGAAGUUAAGCAACCAAUCAACCUUCCUUCUGGACAGAUGGAUCCAACCUCCAAGAAAAAAGAACAUGAUGUAUUUUCUUCCAAAGAUCAACUAAACCCGAAUUCUGAUUCUUCUGCAGAAAGUAAAGUUUCUUCUGCUGAAGAAACAAAAGAGAUGGUUGAAUCUGAUCAGUCACAGUUAUUGAUGACAUUCACAGAAACAUUUAAGCGUUUUUCUGAGAGAUUAUCUAACCUAAUAAAGGAAGGUUCUCCAGAAGCGCUACAAAACUCGACUCUUGCUACCCAAAUAAGAGAUCUAAGUCAAAGGCUUGUAGAUAUUAUGGAAGAAGGUCAGCGAUCAGUGUCUCCACCUUUCACUGAUUUGCUAGAUCGAUUUUCUUCCACAAUUGAAAACCUACAAACUCAAAUUGACCUCCUUGGGAAGUAUAAUUGGGACUUCGACCACUACCUGGAAGAGGAUGUGCCUACUGCGAUGGAAUACAUACGAAAGGAAUGCAAACCUAAGGAUGACAAGUUACUUGCAAUUGGCCAUUCCAUGGGUGGUAUCUUGCUCUAUGCCAUACUCUCUCGAAAUGUUUGUGGGAAUAGAGACUCCAAGUUGGCUGCAAUCGUUACUUUGGGGGCUUCACUUGAUUACACUACAUCAAAAUCAUCGCUGAAAUUACUCACACCCCUGGCAGAUCCGGCUCAGGCCUUGAGUGUUCCAGCUGUUCCAUUAGGUGCAUUGCUUGCAGCAGCUUAUCCUCUUGCUUCUCGACCUCCAUAUGUUAUGUCCUGGUUAAAUCGUCUGAUUACUGCACAAGAUAUGAUGCAACCGGAGCUCAUGGAGAAGUUUGUUAUGAACAACUUCUGUACCGUGCCUGCCAAGCUACUUUUGCAGCUAACAACAGCCUUUCAGGAAGGUGGAUUGCGUGACAGAAGUGGAACUUUCUUCUACAAAGAUCACAUCAACAAAAUUGAUACUCCGGUCUUAGCUAUUGCUGGUGACCGUGACAUCAUUUGCCCACCUGAAGCCGUAUACGAAACAAUCAAACUGGUUCCUAAACAUCUGUGCAUGUACAAAGUCUUUGGUGAGGCAGCCGGGCCACACUAUGCUCACUAUGAUCUUGUUGGAGGUCGUUUGGCACCAGAACAGUUGUAUCCAUGUAUAAUCGACUUUCUGACAAUUCACGAUUCAACCUAAUCUAAAUCUUCUAUCGAUAUCAUAAUACCAUUUUACCAUCAAAUGAUACUUAAAUACAGCCAGGAGCAACCUCCAUGAACUCGAGUGACAUUCCCUGCCGAUGAUCAACAUAAAAAUGAUGCGAGGAAUGGAACUGUUGGUGCACCUUCAUACAUAGACUGUUUUUUUAUAACUGUGGGUGUUUGGAUCAACAUUCGUAUGUAUAUUGUUUAUUUAAUAACCGUGGGUGUCAGGACCAGCAUUGAUAUGUAUAGUGUUGGUGUUAUCUUCUAGCAUAUCUAUACACCCAUCAAGCAAAAGGAAACGGAAAAGGUAAGGGAUAGCCAAAGCUACCGGUACACCAAGUAUAUUUGUUGAACAAUUUGUCAUGUAUAUGGAUUAUGGAAACUGCUUCGAGGAAUUUGUAAAAGAAUAUGAAUCUGCAGAGAUUGGCUUAUGGAUUCUUGUUUUUGC